CGUGUCGCGGCAUCUGCUACUCAAAAUACUUUCUUUUUCGUGUAUCCAAAACUAGAUGAAAAAGGAAAGAUACUCAAAAGGUGGCUUCUCUUUCCCUUCAAUCUCCAUUAUAAAAUCAUCAAUGAAGCCAUAACUCUACAUACCCCCCCUUCCAUCUUCUUCCCUAUUUCUAAUGGAAACCCACUCUUCCUCUUCCUCUUUCUCUACCCUCCAAUCUUACCUAAAAGCCUUGGCCCAAACCCCACGUCGCUUGGCUCGCCGUGCCCCCUCUGUUUCUUCCUCAUAUGAAGAACUGAGUCGGGUCAAGGCCCGUUCCGGCUCCGACAUGCAACGGACCCUCCGUUGGUUUGAUUUGGUUGGGCUGGGAAUCGGAGGUAUGGUCGGAGCCGGUGUGUUUGUCACCACUGGCAGAGCUAGCCGACUCUACGCUGGCCCUGCCAUCGUUGUCUCAUACGCCAUUGCUGGCCUCUGUGCCCUCCUCUCCGCCUUCUGCUACACAGAAUUCGCCGUCCAUAUGCCCGUCGCCGGCGGUGCUUUCAGCUACCUUCGAAUCACCUUUGGGGAGUUCGCCGCGUUCUUGACGGGAGCCAACCUAAUAACCGAAUAUGUCAUGUCAAACGCCGCCGUUUCCAGGGGGUUGACCUCCUAUAUGGGCGCCGCAAUGGGUAUCUCCACCACGAAAUGGAGGUUCAUACUUCCAUUAUUCCCAAAUGGGUUCAAUGAAAUCGACCUCGUAGCUCCGGCCAUCGUACUAAUCCUCACACUCGUCAUCUGUUACAGCACGAGAGAAAGCUCAGUCGUCAACAUGAUACUCACCACAUUACACAUCCUCUUCAUAGCUUUCCUAAUAUUAAUGGGGCUUUGGAAAGGAGAUUGGAACAAUUUCACACACCCAGGGAAUCCCCAGCAUCCGUCGGGUUUCUUCCCCUACGGUGCCUCCGGUGUCUUCAAUGGGGCAGCCAUGGUAUACUUGAGUUACAUAGGAUACGACGCCGUAUCAACCAUGGCCGAGGAAGUUCGCGAUCCCGUUAAAGAUAUCCCAAUCGGGGUUUCAGGCUCCGUCAUCAUCGUCACCAUUCUUUACUGCCUCAUGGCCGCUUCCAUGUCCAUGUUACUCCCUUACGACAUGAUCGAUGUGGAGGCGCCGUUUUCGGCGGCGUUCAGUGGGAGAUCGGAAUUGGUGGCGAGGGUAAUAGGGGUGGGGGCCAGCUUCGGGAUAUUGACAUCGCUGUUAGUGGCGAUGCUGGGACAGGCUCGGUACAUGUGCGUCAUCGGACGGUCUAACGUGGUCCCGGCCUGGUUCGCUGGGGUCCACCCCAAAACAUCGACCCCUGUGAACGCCUCCGCCUUUCUUGGAAUUUUCACAGCUGCAAUUGCCCUUUUCACUGAUCUAAACAUCCUCCUCAACCUAGUUUCCAUCGGCACUCUCUUUGUGUUCUACAUGGUAUCCAAUGCUGUCAUCUACAGGCGAUAUGUUAUGGUUGGGACAACAAAGCCAUGGCCUACUUUAUCCUUCCUAUGCUUAUUCUCCCUCACAUCCACCAUUUUCACCCUCGUGUGGCAUUUUACGCCACCAGGCAAGCCUAAGCCCUUCUUGCUUGGUGCUUGUGUUGUGAUUGCCAUUUCCAUAUUACAAGUUUUCCAUUGUAUGGUACCACAAGCAAGGAAGCCUGCAUUUUGGGGUGUCCCUUUCAUGCCUUGGUUACCAUCCAUAUCCAUCUUCUUGAAUGUUUUCUUGUUGGGGUCUCUAGACGGACCGUCAUACGUCCGGUUCGGGUUUUUUUCGGCUUUGGCGGUGCUGGUAUAUGUAUUGUACAGUGUUCAUGCUAGUUUCGAUGCUGAAAUAGACGGGUCUAUGGGUCAAAAGAAUGUUGAAAUUGUAGAAGAAUCAAAACAAAGUGAAGAAGAAGAGGACCCUAGUCAAAAAGUUUAAAAACAAACAACUUUGUUUUGGGGUCAAAUAUAUUUUCUUUAUUCUAAUGGGGGAAUUUAGAUAGAAGAGAAGAGAAUAGAAUAGAAUAGGAUUAGAUAGCAAUUUUGCAAAAAACGGCAACUUGUAUGUUGUAUAGUGUCCUUCUGUUUGAACAAAGUAGAUUAGAUUCUGAUCCUUCUGCAGUUGCACAUUGUGAAUUGUAAUGUCAUCUUCAUUACCGUAAAAA